AUGACGAAGGACGAUGUAUGGAAAUUCUCUCAGUGCUUCGGUGAUAAGGGUGACGUUGAAAACAUCACUGAAGCAGAUAUAAUAUCGACGGUUGAAUUUAGUCAUGGUGGUGAUUUUCUUGCUACGGGGGACAAGGGCGGCAGAGUUGUUCUAUUUGAACGAAAUUCCUCAAAGAAAAAACAAAGCUGUGAGUAUAAGUUUUUUACUGAGUUUCAAAGUCACGACGCCGAGUUUGAUUAUUUAAAGUCCCUAGAAAUUGAAGAGAAGAUCAACAAAAUUAAGUGGCUCCGAAGUUCAAAUAAUUCGCUCUAUCUAUUGUCAACUAAUGAUAAAACUAUCAAAUUAUGGAAGAUUAUGGAAAGGCAAAUCAAAUUGGUCAGCGAGAAUAACUUGAAUGGAUCAGAUCAUUUACCUUCUAAAUUGGAUGUUUCCGAAUUGAAAUUACCACAACUUCAAUUUCAUGACAAGUUGAUUCUGGCGCAACCUAAAAAGAUUUACUCGAAUGCACACGCUUAUCAUAUUAAUUCCAUAUCUGUGAACUCGGAUGAAGAAACGUUUCUCUCGUCAGAUGACUUGAGGAUUAAUUUAUGGAAUUUAGGGAUUGCCGACCAAUCAUUUAAUAUAGUCGAUAUUAAACCCGCAAAUAUGGAAGAACUUACAGAAGUUAUCACAAGUGCGGAACUACAUCCAACACAUUGCAACUUGUUUAUGUAUUCUUCAUCCAAAGGUACAAUUAAAUUAUCUGAUAUGAGAGCUAAUUCACUAUGUGACACGCACGCUAAGAUAUUUGAAGAAUAUCUUGAUCCUGCUUCCCAUAACUUUUUCACCGAAAUCACUUCUUCUAUUUCAGAUGUAAAAUUUAGUCACGAUGGAAGAUAUAUUGCUUCGAGAGAUUAUAUGACUGUCAAAAUUUGGGAUCUUGCAAUGGAACUGAAGCCGCUCAAGACUAUUAAUGUACAUGAACAUUUGAGAGACAGAUUGUGCGAUACGUAUGAAAACGACGCAAUUUUUGAUAAAUUUGAAGUUCAAUUUAGUGGUGACAGUAAAUCAGUGAUGACGGGUUCUUACAACAACAACUUUAUGAUCUAUCCUAACGUGGUCAACACGGCAAAAUCUUCCCCAUCGAAAGAGAAGGGCGUCCAUUCUGAGUCUGCUUUUAAGAAUCAGAGUGGUGAAUCAGACGAUGAAAGGGAAUCUAGUGAUGAAGCUUACCUGAAGUCGAUCAAUGCCCAAUCUGAUGAUAAUGAACAAGAAAUCGUCUUGCAGGCCGAUAAAUCUGCAUUCAAGUAUAAAAAAGGUGGUUCAACUAGAAGGAAAAUGAUAAAUGGAAUAGGCGGAGUCAGUUCAGGAGAUUUUGACAAUAUCAAUUUUAAGAAAAGCAUUUUACACUUGUCAUGGCAUCCAAAAGAGAACUCAGUUGCAAUCGCGGCAACUAAUAAUUUAUAUAUAUUUUCGACAUUAUGA